AUGGCGGAGGCCGUGCAGGAGGAACUGGUGGCCCUGGCGGCGAUUUUCUGCGGGCAGGACGAGUGGGAGGUGCUGAGCCAAUCAGAGACAGAUGGCACCGUAUUCAGAAUUCACACCCAAACAGAAGGACCGAUGGCUAUGGAUACACCCUUAGAACUGGUGUUUCAUUUACCUGUCACUUACCCUCUGUGUCCACCUGGCAUCUCGCUUAGAUCCGAACACUUGACUAGGAGCCAGUGUGUGGUGGUACAAGAGAAGUUACUGGAGCAAGCAAAGAACCUUCUACCGGAGCCGAUGGUGCACCAGCUCAUUCUCUGGGUUCAGCAGAACCUCAGACACAUCCUCAACCAAACAGAAGCAGCUGGGAGUGGCAGUGAGAAGUGCGCUUUUCCUUCCAGCCCAGCGGCGGACGAUGGACUGUGGAUAACUCUUUUGCAUAUAGAUCACAUGAGAGCCAAGACCAAAUAUGUCAGAACUGUGGAGAGGUGGGCUUCAGAAUUAAGACUCACAGGAAGACUGAUGUUCAUGGGUAAAAUCAUACUGAUGUUACUACAAGGAGACAGGAGCAGCAUCAAGGAGUACCUGCUUCUCCAGAAAACCUCCAAAGUCGAUGUGGACUCAAGUGGAAAGAGAUGCAAAGAGAAAAUGAUUAGCGUCCUGUUUGAAACCAAAGCACAGACCAAACAUAAGAGGUUUCUGGCAUUUGAAGUCAAGGAGCAUUCAUCGUUGGCUGAGCUGCAGAAGGAAUUUGAAGCUGCAGGGCUUCAGCAGCUAUUCUCCGAAGUUGUACUUGGGCUGGUCAAGUGAAACGGAAGACAGGAACCUUCUAGUAAAGCAGCGGUGUUUGGUUAUAUUUCUUUGGUUUUUUUUUAAAAUUGUUGUUGAAAAUGAAGUACAGGAGCAGUUUUGAAGUUUCUCUGAAGCAAGAUACUUUGCUUAUGUCUGGAGUAAAUGUCAACUCUGUUUAAGUGGAAAAAUAAAAAUUAUAAAACAA